CCCACCACAAAAGGAUUAUUAUAAACAAACCACUUCCUUCCUUCCUUCCUUCCUUCCUCCUUACAAAUCCAAUAACUAGUCUAACUAUUUCCUUCCUUUCCCCACUUUUCUCCAGUAUUUCUUGAUCAAAUCAAAUAAAUUACUAUUAAAUCCAAACAUAAUUCUUCUCUAUACACCAAAUUUCUCAUAAAGGCAGUAAAAAGAAACACAAAAUGGGGCUGAAAGUGCUAUCAGCACUAGACACAGCAAAGACACAAUACUAUCAUUUUAAGGCUAUAAUAAUAGCAGGAAUGGGUCUCUUCUCCGACGCUUAUGACCUCUUCUGCAUUACUCCCCUUACAUACCUCCUCGGCCGCAUCUAUUACGACAAAGAGAAUUCCGGUCAUGUCCCUCAUGUCGUACUCUCCGUCAUGGUAGCUGUAGCCCUUCUUGGGACAGCCCUUGGGCAGCUCGUAUUCGGCUUCCUCGGAGACCGUGUCGGCCGCCGGAAGGUCUAUGGGUUUGCCCUAAUCAUCAUGAUGUUAUCUUCAGUUGGUUGUGGUUUUUCAAUUUGUACUUCUAAGACGUGUGUUCUUCUUAGUUUAGGCUUUUUUAGAUUCCUCUUAGGGAUUGGAAUUGGAGGAGACUACCCUCUUUCUGCCACGAUUAUGUCUGAGUUUGCUAACAAGCAGACUCGUGGAGCGUUUAUCGCGGCCGUGUUCUCAAUGCAAGGGUUUGGUAUAUUUUUCAGCGCUGUGGUUAUUAUGAUUGUGUGCGCUGUUUUUGGUCGUGCUACUAAUGCGUAUAAAGAUCAUAGAACACAUGUCAUGGCUGCUGAUUUAGCUUGGCGGAUUAUACUUAUGCUUGGGGCUGUUCCUGCUUCCAUCACUUUCUAUUGGCGUAUGAUGAUGCCUGAAACAGCUAGGUACACAGCUUUGGUGGAGCACAAUGUUGUACAAGCAGCAAAGGACAUGGAGAAGGUCUUAGAUGUAAAAAUGACUCAUAUUGUGGAUGAUGCUGCCUCUUCCAUCCCAUCCUCCGCCCGAUCACCACCAAAUUCUUAUCCUCUUUUCUCAAAGCAUUUCCUCCGUCGUCAUGGCCGAGAUCUCUUCUCCUGCGCAGCUACGUGGUUCCUCCUCGACAUUGUCUUCUACAGCAGCAACCUCUCCCAGUCUCGUAUAUACAAACCCUACCUCCCCCACAAAUUUGAUUCCCUCAACCCUUUUCAACAAGCUUACCAUGUAGCUAAGCUGCAGGGAAUCUUUGCCGUAUGCUCCACAAUUCCUGGAUACUUUUGUACAGUCUUUUUGAUUGAUCGAUUUGGGAGAAGGAGCAUCCAAAUCAUGGGUUUCACUUUCUUGGCUAUUAUCUUGAUCUCCAUUGCCAGACUUUACGAUCAUUAUAGUGAAGUCGGUAAGAGAAAUAUUGUUUUUAUGUUUCUCUUUGGAUGUACAUUCUUCUUCUCCAACUUCGGCCCAAAUACCACUACCUUCAUUGUUCCUGCUGAGCUGUUUCCAGCUAGGUUCCGUACAACCUGCCAUGGCAUUUCAGGUGCUGCAGGAAAAGCAGGGGCCAUUAUUGGAUCAACCACAUUUUUCUGGGUUUCUCAAGAUCAGCAUCAUAAGGAUGAUAAAGGUAUAGGAAUGAAGGCCUCGUUGAACAUUUUGGGAGUAAUUUCUUUGGUGGGAGCAGUUGUUACUUUCUUGUUUACUCCAGAGACUAAAGGAAGAUCUCUUGAAGAAAACGAAAGAGAGAGUAGCGUAAAUGGGAACAAUAGUGAAGGUACUGAAUUGGUUACGCCUCAUACUCACACACAGCCUACUGCUCAUGCUCUUGAACCAUGAUUCAUACUUAUGGUUUCCAGUUGCAUAGUAUACUAGUUUAAAUUCCCCAGAUUGUUUUUCCUUGGGGUCUCAAUUUUGUGUACAUAGUAAUCAAGUAACUAAUGUAGUAUUAGUUAAUACUACUACUUAAUACUAGUAUAGUAUACCAAUCAUAUAUAAGAUAUGCAGCUUCACAGUAUCUUAAUUUAAUGCAACCCAUGCCAUAGUUUUGUUUUCUUUGCUCUACUUGGUUAUUGUAUUUAACAAGGACACUUCUUUCAUAGAGGUGAUCAAACACCGGGCCGGGCCGAGAGGCAAAAAUCUUUCCAUUGAUGCGGGCCGUAAACUCAAUGGUAUUCUGUGCUAACGGACGUAAACUCAAUGGUAUAUGGUGAAUUAAAACAUUUCAUGUGGUAUAUGGUGAAUUU